CCGGCCUUUUGUCUGUAAUUCCAAUAUCAAUGCAUCCUUUCUGUGGGCACAAAUACGUGUGCUCUAUCUAGCCGUACUCAUGAACUCAUCCGUACAACCGCUUGGCACGUUUGCUGGUUUCGAUCGAGGUCCUUCAACAUCUACAGUGUGCAGACCACCAAAUGUUCUCACCGAUUCUGCGCCACAUCCUGUCAUUGGUGCCAAUACCGUCAUUCCAUCAUCUUUUCAUCAAAUUCCACCAGUGGGUAUGGACCUUCAGCCACAGAAGUCGUUCCUACGCGUUCAAACGAGUCCUGGAGCAAUUUACGAUGAAGAUACAUGCCUCAGUAAUCUCUCCGAGGAAGCCUUCACAUUGUCUGAACCGUCACCUCCAGUCGGAGUUGGGUUCUAUGGGGAUCCAUCAGGCCCUUCUCCAAUAGCCAUGGGAUAUAAAGAGAAUGAGACUACGAAUCAGUUUUUUCCCGGUACGACAGGGACUGUAAUGACUCAUACCCCUCGGUCGUUCCCCCCAGUUUCAGAAUCGGAGCGCGAUUUCUUAUUCGCAGAUUUAGAGCCAAACCUCACUUCAAUGGCUUACCGGUACGAACAGUUACCGGUGUCCGAAUCCAAUAUCACCAGUCUGCCGGUGCCAAAUACCAUUUCAUCCGCGAUCCGUGUAAAUUCACCUGAUGUGUUUUUGUGGGCUGAUGUGCAUCCUGCCACUAGACAGCCUAACUUAUUGACUACACCUUCUGACCAAUAUACGCAAUGCGAACAGACCUCGGUCAUCACCGAAACGGUUCCUACAACGUAUAUUCGAGAGGGAAAUUCGUAUUUUUCGGGUCCUGGCGGGUUUACGGACUCGUCUACCUACUGUGUGCAACACGAAUCUGGUAAGGAUAUACUUAACCAGAACCCAAUUUUUGACUUCGCUGUGACCAACUUUACUGAGCCACCUGCCGUUUGUGAUACUGCUGUCCGAUUUCCUCAGCAAACAACUGUUGUCCCACUUCAACCAAGUUUUGAUGACUUUCAGUCACAAGGAAACAAAAAGACUUUGCCCUACCGCAUGGUGUCCACAAUGAUUGAUCAACAUACACUCAAUACGUUGCAAGCUGAUCUUCAGCAAAAGAACCUGACUAAUACGGUGCUGUCUCAUGAAAUGUACCCAAAUACCUGGAAUCAUGAAGAACCAGACCCACAUUGCACCGUUCUUAAAGAGAACUACGUACCUGCUGCUACUUCACUAUACCACCAGGGUACUACAGUUUCUAGUUAUGCCCAUUGGGAUUCUCAGUGGAUAGGUCAGGGUGCAGUUGCCUUUUCUACUAGCGCGCAGACUGACGUGUUCCCGACCCCUGAGCAGUCAGCUUACUGGCCAGCUCCGCACCAUUAUUCUGAAGAACAGUACCCUCCAGUGGAAUUCUUCAGUCUCGAAGGGUGUUCUCAUAGCACGAUGGCUGAUUCCGCUGGACAAGACCUUUACCCUCAUUUCCGCUCCUUUCAUGAAGAGCCCAUCCAAAAUGCUGUGGAGCAGAUGGGUGCUACACAACCAAAUGCCGCUGUUGGUUCACUAGGGGCCUUCACUUCAUAUCCAGAAACGCAUGUGUCUGCCAGCUCGGAAGAAGUUGCAAGCGCUUUAUCGUGUCGACAUUGUGGUCGCGCUUUCAAUCGACCCAGUCACCUGGAAGUGCACCUGCGUAUCCACACAAACGAGUACCCACAUGAUUGUGUUUUAUGCGAUCGGCGCUUCAUCCAGGCCUCUAAUCUUCGUCGACACUUAUCGUCACACAAAACAUGGCCACCCCUACAAUUUACCACUCGGAAAUAUCACGGCAUUCAACCCGUCCCACACUCUCAGAUGGUUGGCUCCAUCGCCAUUCACAAACGUAUUUCUAAUGGAGUGAAGUCCUGGUCAUGCAGAUUCUGUGGUCAACAACAGACAACUUACCGCUCACUUCGACGACACAUGGUCCGGCACAAAGACAAUCGAGUUUAUGCUUGUGUUUUUCACGAAUGUUUGGCCACUUUCAAUCUACCUCAUGAACUGUUGAGUCACGUCAUCGAAGCGCAUCAGAUCGCAUUUACCCAAAGCACAGGGUGCCCCACAUGUGGCCGGACAUUUACAGACAUCAAACAGUUCGUGCGACACUGGUUGCCACGACACCGAGGUCUUCCCCCCCGAUGUGGUUCGGUCAGAUACAAAGAGGCUUCUGGACAUUUACCUUAUUUGAACUCGCGAAAACGCUACCCAACCAAUACAAUUCAAACCCCAAGUUCGCGGAUCAGGCUGGUAGCUCUCAAGCGUUUUGGCACUAAUCGCUCUGUUGGUACCUUUCGGUGUCCGAUUUGUCCUCGCCGUUGCCACAGACUGAACCGCCUGCGUCUUCAUUUGACAUCCGUCCAUAAGGAGUUACUCGCAUCGGCGACUGAGGAUUCAUCCAAGCUGUCUUUGGAAGGACGGUCUAGUAAACAGCCGAGUAUUUUCCACCAGUCUACUUCGGCUAAAUCACCGACAUCCUGUGCCGAGUCGUCCUCGAAAACUAUGCUAUUCCUGUUGCAUGUGGACGAGGGGAAUUCUCGAUCGACCUCAAGGGUAACAAACAGUUCGCGAAACAGGUCACGGGUUCUGACAUGUACCCAUUGUGGGAAACACUUCCAGCGACCAAAGUUUUUUACGGAUCAUCAAAUUUUGUGUCAGCAGAGAAUCCAGGAAAAAGAGCGCCGGUUGCGUCUGCAAGCUCAUCGACGUGCAGGAUUUAGGGAAGAUCCUGGAGUACUGGCAUCCCUUGAAACCUCUUCAACAACGACGCGCAUCCAUUCAAUUGUGCCCUUGACACAGGAUGACUCACCGGUUACCAACGCGUCAAGUGGCCGACGUUCCUCGCGAUCCAGGAGUUUCAAGCAACCGUGGAUUCCAAAACCUACCCGGCGUCGGAAGACGGCAACAAGUCGUGUAUCGAAUAAAAUUUACAUUUCCUAUUUCCAACAGGCGACAGUCGCGGAAGCAAUCCGUCCGCUUCUCUCCGUUCGGACCAGUCCAGCUCUCAAUUUCGAAAUUCUAGCAGAAUGUGGUGUGAGUCGCGCCCGUCGUUGCCAACUUUGGCUCCCCCACUGCCCUGCAGGUCCUGUGGAAACUCCAGUGUUUAUGCCCGUUGGAACACAAGGUGCAAUGAAAGGAAUAUCUGUAGCCCAAUUGGAAGCACUCGAUUGUCGGAUCCUUCUUGGAAACACGUACCACUUAGGACAUCGCCCGGGUCCUGGCAUAAUACGGACAGCGGGUGGCCUCCACUCGUUCAUGUCUUGGCCGCGUGCUAUCUUGACAGAUUCUGGUGGAUUUCAAAUGGUUUCCCUCAGUGAGUUGUCUUCAGUCAAUGAGGAGGGAGUACACUUCACUUCGCCACACAACUCUACCGAAAUGCUUCUCACCCCGGAGGAGUCUGUGGGAAAUUUGCAAGCUGCCCUGGGUGCAGACAUCGUCAUGCAACUUGAUCAUGUUGUGCAUGUUUUGACAGAGUCAAGUGCAAUGCACGAUGCUAUGCAUCGUUCCAUACGAUGGCUUGAUCGUGGAAUCAAGGCUCAUGAGCCCCAGAAAAAUAACCAAAACUUAUUUGCCAUUACACAAGGUGGUCUGGAUCCAGAGAUGCGUAAACAUUGCAUUGAAGAGAUGCUGAAACGUAAAGGAAUCGCCGGGUUUGCCAUUGGAGGUCUUAGUGGUGGUGAAGCAAAGUCAAACUUUUGGCGGAUCGUUCAGCUUUCCUGUGACCUUCUACCCCGUGACCGACCACGUUAUUUGAUGGGAGUAGGAUUUCCUGUCGACCUCGUGGUGUGUGUUGCCCUUGGUUGUGAUAUGUUCGACUGUGUCUAUCCGACAAGGACGGGACGUUUCGGACACGCAUUGGUUCCCUGGGGACAGCUCAACCUACGUCAAGCCCGAUACAAAUCCGACUUCAGGCCAAUUGACGAAGAGUGCCAAUGUCCCACAUGUACCCGGCCCUGGUCGCGUGCCUUCAUUCACGCUUCUCUCUCUGGCCGACAGGUCACUGCAUCGGCAGCAGUCAGUUUGCAUAACUUGGCCUAUAUGCUCGGUCUGAUGCAGAAAGUUCGUGAAGCAAUUUCUACUCAGACAUUUCCGCAGUUUGUUCGUGAUUUUUUCGCACGCCGCUGUUACAUGGGUCGAGAAGGCGAAGUCCGUGUGGAAUACGAAGGGUUCCGUCCACCAUCUUGGGCAGUGGAUGCACUAGCUCAAGUGAACAUUGAUGUCACCGAUAUUGGGCUGCCUACUGAGGAGGCUUUUGAAACCGAACUUGUGGACUCAAAGAGAGUUAAGCACAGCCAGGACCAAUAGGUUUUGUACAGCUUUGUAUGUCCUUGUUUUCAGAAUAAACUUUUC